AUUCAUGCCAUCCAUGCUCAUGCUCCUCGUCCCGCACAUCCACUCACUCUCUCCAAGAUGGUAACCAUCCCCACUCACCUGCCGACGGCCUCCCUCGUCGUCGGUAACAUGCACUGCCCCAGCUGCGUGGAGAGCAUUACAAACCUCCUCGCCGCCCUUCCCUCCGUCAAAAACCUCAGCGUCUCUCUUCUUCUCCACCGCGUAACAUUCGCCAUCGACACGAGCAUCGGGAGCUCGCGCGUCCCUACCAGUGUCGACCGCGUCGUCGAGCAGGUCGCGCACACACUCAAAAGCGAGGGCGGAUUCGAGGUCGCCACUGAAGGCGGCGAUGUCGAGCCUACGCCGGCGGCCACGGGCGGCCUGCUAGACAGGGUGUUUGGCAAGCGGCGCGCCGACAAGGCGUCCAAGAUCGCCGAGGAGCGCCGCCGCCGACACCUGGAGCACUGCGAGGCGUGCCAGGCUGAGGAAGCGGGCGAACGCCACCCGUCGUCCACCUUCCCCGCUCCGCCUCCCGACCAAGUCCUCGUCACCACUCUCAGCAUCGAGGGCAUGACCUGUGCCUCGUGCACGUCGAGCAUUAGCAAGGCCCUCGAAGGCGAGCCCUCGAUCCUCAGUGUUGAGGUCAACCUUCUCUCAUCGUCCGGCACGGUUCGGCACAAGGCUUCCCUCUCCGCCGACGAAGUGGCGGCGAUGGUGGACGAUGUCGGCUUCGAAGCUGAGGUGCUCGAGAGCCGGCCAGAAGCGCCAGAGAGAGCGGAAGAGGCGCUGAUCAAGACCACUCUCUCGAUCGAAGGAAUGACGUGCGCCUCGUGUUCCGGCGCGAUCGACCGUGCUGUCCGCAAGCAUCCCGAUGUCACGGACGCCGCCAUCGACGUCCUCCUCAACAAAGGCGUCUUCACCCACCGCCCAGCCCUCACGCCUGAGGCGCUAAAGGAUAUCGUUGAGGACGUUGGAUAUGACGCCACCAUCGUCUCCUCCGCCCUCCUCGAGCGCAAAGGCGUGCCCGGCUCGCGCACCGUCACCGUCGGCGUGCAGGGCAUGUUCUGUGGCCAGUGCGUGAUCAAGAUCAACAAUGCCCUUGCCGCCAUGCCCCUCCUCUCGUACACUCCCAUCACGCUCGCUGCGCCGGUCUCUACACUCACGUACAUUCCCCGUGACCCUCUCACUAUUCGAGACAUCCUGCGGGACCUCACGGCCCUCGCGCCAGAGUUCCACGCUGAAGUCGUUCGUGCCCAGUCACUCUCUGAGCGCUCGCAGGAGAUCCAACGCCGCGAGGUCCGCCUUCUUGCCGCUCACCUCGCCGUAGCCGUCUUGUUCGCCAUCCCGACAUUCAUCAUCGCCAUCGUCUCCAUGGUCCUGCUCAAAGCCGAGCACCCCUUCCGCCGCUUCUGGGACCAGCCAGUCUGGGGCGGCGCCAACCUCGGCACAGUUGUCCAGUGGCCGCUCGCCACAGCGGUGCAGUUCGGCGUCGGAUGGAUCUUCUAUAAGCGCGCCUUCAAUGCUCUUUGGCCGCACCUUCGUGCCCUAGUCCCCGCCCCUCUUCGGAGCAAGAGCAUGCGCCGCCUCCCCGCCCGCCCGCUCACAUGGCGCGCCCUCGUCUCCUUCGGCAGCAUGGACCUCCUCGUCACUCUCUCCACCACAGUGUCCUACUUUGCGUCUAUCGCCAUGAUGGCCCUCGACGUCAAGGCCGGACCCAAGAGCAUGAGCGUCGGGACGUACUUUGACUCGUCCGUCUUCCUGAUCAUGUUCAUCCUGCUUGGGCGCACAAUCGAGGCAUAUGCCAAGAGCCGCACGACUGAUGCCGUCGCGCUGCUCGGCAACCUGCGCCCCGCCACCGCCCUCCUUGUGGAGGAGGCCAAUGCGGAAGGCGAGAAGCGUUUGAGCACGGACACUGAGGACAGCGGACCGCACGAAGUUCCCGUCGACCACGUCGAGUACGGCGACGUGAUUCUGAUUAUGCCUGGCUCGCUCCCUCCGACUGACGGAGUCGUUGUGUCGGGCACGUCAAAGUUUGAUGAGUCGAGCCUGACGGGUGAGAGUCUCCCGGUGACCAAGAAUCCCGGCGACGAGGUAUACACGGGGACGACGAACCAGACUUCGGCGAUUCACGUGCGUGUGACCGGCCUCGCUGCGGAGACGAUGCUGGAGCGUAUUAUCCAGGCCGUGUCCGACGCGUCGGGGCGAAAGGCGCCGCUGGAGAAGGCAGCCGAGCGCCUUACGGGCGUCUUCGUCCCCCUCGUCGUUUACUUUGCCCUUGGUGUCCUGGCGUUUUGGAUGGGCAUGGUCUACGGUGGCCGCAUUGCGCCGCACCACUACCACGGGCCAGGCGGGCGUGCCUUCUUCGCCCUCGAGUUCGCGAUCGCUGUCCUUGUUGUGGCAUGCCCGUGCGGUAUCGGCCUCGCUGUUCCAUGCGCCAACGCGGUCGGAAACGGGCUUGCGGCCGCCACGGGUAUUCUUGCCUCGGGCGGCGGCGAGGCAUUCACCGCCGCCACGGCUGUCACAACGAUUGCGUUCGACAAAACCGGUACACUUACUACGGGGCAGAGCACUGUGACGGACGAGUAUGUCCCCGAGACAGAGCUGGGCGCGGAGGUCACGCGCGCACUUCGGGCGGUCGAGGCUCAGAGCACGCAUCCGCUUGCUGUAGGCCUCGCGUCAUACCUCUCCGCGCAGUCCUCUGCUGCGCUCGAAGUAGUCGAAAGCACAGAAAUCGCCGGGCGCGGCCUGCGCGCCACGGUCGCGGGCGAGCGCACCCUCGAGCUCCUAGUCGGCAACGCCGCUCUCCUCACUGAGAACAAUGUGGACAUUCCCCCUUCUGCCGAGGAGACGCUGGCUCAGUGGAGCACGGACGCCAAGUCGGUCGUGCUGUGUGCUGCGCGCCCCGCUGGUGCAGGCAACCCAUUCGUCCUCACCGCCAUGUACGCGCUCGCGGACGCGCCGAGGGAGAGCACGGCGGGCGUGCUUGCCCUGCUCCGGCAGCGGGGAUACCGCGUCGUGAUGCUGAGCGGGGACAACGAGGUCACUGCGCGUGCGGUGGGCCGCCUCGUGGGCAUCACCGCAGAGGACGUGCACGCCGGCGUGGGGCCACAGGGCAAGGCAGCGGCGAUCGCGGAGAUGCAGGUACGCCGCGUUGCUCCCCGCAUCGCCCUCGGUCCCCUCAAGCUCGGGCGCAAAGAGGUCGUCGAGCGCGUCAUGUUCGUCGGCGAUGGGCUGAAUGACGCGGUCGCGCUCGCGGCCGCCGACGUCAGCGCCGCCAUGGGGCACGGAUCGCAGGCGACGCUGGCGAGUGCGGAUUUCGUGCUCCUCCGCUCCGACCUCGCUGCCCUCCCGAAACUGCUCCGGCUCAGCUGCAAGGUACGCAACCGCCAGUGGUUCAACCUCUUCUGGGCUAUGAUCUUCAACACUGUGUUCCUGCCUAUUGCUGCGGGUGUGCUGUUCCCUGUUGGCUUCACGCUGUCGCCGGUGUGGAGCGCGGUGCUGAUGGCGUGCAGUAGUAUUAGUGUCGUGCUGUCUAGUCUUGCCCUGCGCUGGGGCCUGUAGGCUCGUUAUGUAGCGUAAGAUGAAGUGUUAGUACAAUGGAG